GGAGAAGAGGCAUGGGGAUUAUAAGCUGCGCUGCAAUUAUUGCUAGCAUGUCUGGCAGGGGAAUUUGUUCAAGGCACAGCGCCACUUCACGCAGUUGAAGAGGUGCUCGGCGGCGACGAUGAAUGUGUUCGUUGACAUUUGGAACCACACGGAUUACGUGUUCGAGAACUGACAUCACCGCGGUAUCAUGGCUUACAUGAGGGAGCACGAUAUCGUGGAUAGACAAGCUGUGGAGGUCCAGCGAGGCAGUGGCAGGGGGAGGACGGGAGCGUCGCAGUCGCAAGCAGAGGAGCUCGAUCUUGUGGAUGAGGUGGAGAGGUUCCUGGACGAGCAGGCCAGGCGAGCAGAGGCUGGGGAGGGUGGACGGACAGCCGCAGCAGAGGAUUUGCCGGGGGAGGAGGUGGUCAUGACUGCGCGAGGGAGAAGCGCCGGUCACCGUCAUGAGGGGGACGCACCGGGCCCAGCGGGGAAGAGGCCGGUGGGCAGUGGAGUUGAGGGCGUGCCGCAGGCGCACAAGAGACAACGGCAGUCCACUCUGGAUGAGGUGUAGGAUCCAGAUGGGCAGGCCGCAUUCAGGGACACCUUUUUGCAGUGGUGCUACGAUAGUGGUAUACCAUUUAAUGCU